GAUGAAACAGUAAAAUUAUUUGUGAAUAAACAAGUACAUUUCACCAUGAAUAUUCGAUUAGCAACGCCAGAAGAUCUGAUGAAUAUGCAGCAUUGUAACCUGCUAUGUCUGCCCGAGAACUACCAGAUGAAAUAUUACUUCUACCAUGGACUGUCCUGGCCACAGCUUUCCUACGUUGCAGAGGAUGAGAAGGGCAAGAUUGUUGGCUACGUGCUCGCAAAAAUGGAGGAGGAUGCCGAGGAUGACCCGCACGGACACAUCACUUCGCUCGCCGUGAAGCGCUCGCACCGGCGACUCGGACUCGCCCAGAAGCUCAUGGACCAGGCUUCGCGAGCGAUGAUCGAGAGCUUCGGAGCUAAAUACGUCUCGCUGCACGUGCGCAAGAGCAACCGCGCCGCGCUGCACCUCUACGAAAACACGCUCAGGUUCUCGAUCAGCGAGAUCGAACCAAAGUACUACGCAGACGGUGAGGACGCAUACGCCAUGAAGCGCAACCUGGCAGACUUCGCAAAACAAGUGAGCAUGCAUGCGCGAUGCCGCGUGUUCCGCCGUCGGUCGCGGUUACGCGCGUCAGUAAAUUUUAAAUCUCACGACGUGCGCCUCAGCGUGUAAU